AUGCGGAUCGUCGCAUUGAACUCGGCGCACGGGAGCAUGCACACUUCGCCGGCUGAUUUCCCCGCGCUGACGCCAGCAAACCGGUCCCCAUCGCCACCACUCCCCAGAUCCGCGCAGCAGUCCCCCUCCCCCCCGCGCGCGCGCCCCCCCGGUGGCGGCUUUGCCAGCCUGCUUGGGGACGCUGCUGCGCUGGCGCGGCGCAGAGCGAGGUUUGGGGAGGUGGCGCUGGGGGAUGGCGCAGAGGAGGGGAAGGAUGGGGGGAAGGGCGGGGAAGGGGGUGAAGAUGUCGGAGGGGGGCGGGGGGGAGGAGGAGGAGGAGGAGGAGGAGGGGGAGGAGGGGGAGGGGUUGGGAUGGCCGCGGGCGGGGGAGGGGGCAUGGAAGAGGGGGAAGGGGCAGGGGACGAGGCGGACUGGCAGCUGGCAGAGGCGGUUGUGGGAACAUGCCCUGACAUGUGCCCUGGUGUGUACACAUGUUAUGCCCCCCCUUGUGCCCCACAUGUGCCCUGGUAUGCGUAUGCCCUGACAUGUGCCCGGUAUGUCUCUGUGCCUGCGCUGGCAUGCAGGUUGGCCGGUGCAUGUAGGGAGGUACGGGAGCGCAGCGGGGCGCUGGAUGUGUUUGAGCGGGUCAACGGGGACCGCAGCAGGACCAAUGCACAGCUGGCCAUCAAGAAGUACUCCCGCGCGCCCAACAUGGACCCCUCGUUCAUCCGCCCCAUGCCCGUGCUCCACACCACCAUGGCACACAUGCUCUCCCUGUUGCAUGUCCCCUUCCCUCCCCCGCCCUCCGCGGCCAAGGGGGGCGCGGAGGAGGGGGAGAUGGAGGGGGAAGGCGUGGGGGAGGAAGGAGGGGGGGCAGGGGGGCCCGGGGGCGAGAGGGGGCCGGGGAUGCGGCUGCUGCUGCUGCACUCGUUCCUGUGGGAUCGCAUGAGGGCUGUGCGCGCUGACCUGCGCAUGCAGCACUUGUUUGGACGAGAGGCGAUCAACAUGCACGAGCAGAUGGUGCGCUUCCACAUAGUGGCGAUGCAUGAGCUGUGCGAGUACCCCAAGGGCGAGGGCUUCAGCGACGGCUUUGACGCGCACCUGAACAUCGAGCAGAUGAACAAGGCGUGUGUCGACCUUUUCCACAUGUACCACGACCGCCGCGCUGACCUCUCGCACGCGCAGGCGCGGGCGAGCGAGGACGAGGGCGGGGAGGAGGGGGAGGUGGUGGAGUUGGAGGCGUGUUUGGCGAAUGAGGGGGAGCUGAGGGGGUACUACCUCCUGUUGAAGAUUGACCGGCAUCCGGGGUUCAAUGUUGAGCCGGCAGAGUUUGCGAGGGAGCUCUCGCUCCUUCCGCACAUCGUCAGGAGCAGCCCGGAAGUCGUCUUUGCUCGCUCCGUUGCCAGGGCGUGUCGCACGCACAACUUUGUGGCAUUUUUCCGCUUGGCUCGCCAGGCCACCUACCUGCAGGCCUGCCUCAUGCACGCGCACUUCAGCAAGGUAUGUGCCUCAUGCACGCGCACUUCAGCAAGGUAUGUGCCUCAUGCACGCUCACUUCAGCAAGGUAUGUGCCUCAUGCACGCGCACUUCAGCAAGAUGCGCUCCACGGAGCUGGCAGCAAUGUAUGGAUUCAUCUCCCUCCAUCCCCCCUCUCCGGUCCAUCCCCUCCCCCCCUCCCCACCAUCUCCCCUCCAUCCCCUCCCCCCCUCCCCUCCAUCUCCCCUCCAUCCCCUCCCCCCUUCCCCUCCAUCUGCCCUCCAUACGCUCUCGAUUCCUCCCCCACAUUUCCCUCUGCCCCUGUCUCAGAUGCGUUCAAGAGCGCUGGCAGCGGUGUAUGCGUCCAUCGCCAAGGGCCAGCAGCUGCCAGCCCUCACACUCGCACACUGGCUCGGCAUGGAGCAAGAGCCAGAAAAGCUACAGGCGCUGGUGGAGCACCACGGGCUGGCGCUGCACCCCUCAGACGCCCCCGCAGAUGCCACUUGCCCAGAUACAACCUCCCCUGCAGCCGCCCUGCUGGCCGGGUACUGCCUGGUGAAGGGAGCCCCCUUGGUGCAGGCUGGGACGCCCAUGCCUCCCUCCUCCUCUGCCCUUGUGCGCAGCAAGCAGAGCCAGUUUAUUGAUGAUGUCAUCGCUGAGGUGCAAGCGAAGAGGCAGGAGGAGGAGAGGAGGGCUCGGGAAAAGGAGGAGAGGCGGGUGCGGGAAGAGGAGGAGAGGCGGGAGAGAGAGGCAGAAGCAGCGGAGAGGGAGAGGAGGGAAAAGGAGCGGGAGGAGCAGGUGAGGCAAGAGAGAAGAAGGAAAGAGCUGGAAAUGAGGGAGAGGAUUCUGAAGGAGAGAGCGAGGGUGGAGAGAGAGAAGAGGGAAGCGGAGCAAAGGGAGAAGGAGAGGCAGGAGAGCAUGAAGAGGGAAAAAGAGAGGAAGGAGAGGGAGAGGAGGCAGCGGGAGGAGGAGGAGAGGCAGAGGAGGGUAAGGGAGGAGCAGGAGAGGGAGCGGGUAGCGUUGGAAGAGGCGGGGCGGAAGGUGAGGGGUGUGUGGCUGCGGCGCUUUGUGAGGAGGUGGAGGCAGAAUGCGGCUCAGAUGGGGCAGCUGAGACGGCUGCGCCAGCUGGCAGUCAGUGAUUGGCAGCUGGAGGGCGCGAUUGUUUCGCAGCCGACUGUGGUGGCAUCUAUGCAAGCUCCACACAAGCGGUUGCGCGGAGCAGCAACAUGGGGGCCGCCUGCACUGGCCAACAUGUCGGCAAGCGCUGCCGACAGAGGGGGCGCUACAGCAGAUAGCCGGGCUGCCGUCACAGCAUGCAGUGCCGGUGGCCCCAGGUUCCUCCAUCCACCUGCGCCUUGGGGACCAACAGGCUUCGCUGCUCCCACUGCCUUCGCUGCUCCUAGUGUCUUUGCUGCGCCCUCUCCUCUGGACGUGGCACGGCUGGUGGGCGCUAGACUGGUCGCCAGAGGGGUGCCAUCCAGCAGUGCUGGGCUACUGCUGAGUGCGCGCCGAGUGGUUUCGUGGAAGCUUCUUGUGUGCUGGCCAGAACGCGACUCGCAGGACACACCAUCACCACUCCAUGACGCCACACACUGGCUCUGCAGCAGCCUCUCCGCCCCCUCCCACGCCCUCAACGCCCUCCAGCAUCGAACAGCACCGCACAGCACACCUCACGGCAGCUCAUCCGCCUCGCAGCCCACUGACCCAUCGCUGCUCGCCUGCUAUGUGGCUCCCAUGCCACACCGCACUGCAGCAGGGGAAGCACCACCCGAGCUGCCAGGUGUAACUUCAGGUGCUGAUUCAGAUGAAAACACACAAGCAAGGGGACCAGGCUCUGCAUCGGACUCGCUUUUCUGGCUCGUGCUGAGGCGGAUCUCUGCAGACGUGCAGACUGGAGACGGUGGAAGGUUUCUGGAAGGGUCUCAGGCGAUGGUGUGUGUUGUGGACGGCAACAGCCUUGCAGAGCCCCAGGUGCAACGCAUAAAAAACGCAGUGGCAUCGCUCCCGACCUCCCUCGCUCCCAUCCCCCUGCUGCUCCUCGUCCUGCCUCCCCACCCGCCACAACCAUCAGCACCAUCAUCACCAGCAGCAGCAGCAGCAGCAGCAGGAGCAGCAUCCAUGUCUCUCUCCACAGGCCCAUGUGCCCCUGUGCCCGUUCCCUCCUCCUUCGCGUCCCUCACACUCUCCCACUUGCAACCCCCCUCCACUCGUCCACCUUCCUCCCCUCCAGCCCCCCGCCUCUCUGCUCUCCGAAUCCUCCCUCUCGGCCGAUCUACUCCCCCUCAACCUGAUGACGUGACCUCUCCUGAUUGGCCCGCCAAGAUUGCCCUGACAAGUGGCCUGCGUUGGUUGGUCGAUUCUUCUCCUCUGCCACCUCAGCUUGCUCCACUCCCCCUCCGCGAUCUCGUGCUGCGCCACCUGUCGCCACGUGUCACGCGUCUAUUGGCCGUGGACCCCUCACUAGUGCGGCCACAGGAGUGCAUCACUGAGUUCAACGCCAGCCUGGACAGCGCAGCCAAUGACAUCGCGACAGCUGUCGCAGCCUCACCCCCUACCAGUGGAAACCCUUUGCCUGAACUUCCGUCUUUGCUGCAGCUGAUAAGGGGGCAUCAGGUAGAGAUACGAAGGGUACGCACAGGAGAGAGCAGUGGCAGUGAGAUGGGAGAGAGCAGAAGGAAGGUGGACAGUGCAGCUUCAGAGGCAGCUGGUAGACCGGAGGCCUCUUUACUAUCCGCCUUCCUGCCUCCCCUUGACUGGAACAGCCCCUCUCACACCUCCCACCUGACCACUGCCCUCUCCUCCCUCCGCCUACCCCACUUUCCCCCCCUCCACCUCUCCUCCCCUCACCAACCCCCCCUCACCUCCCCCUCCUCAUCCCCCUCACCCACCCUCUCCCUGCCGCCUCACCUGUCCUUUCUAGCCCCUCAGCUGCAUCCCCAGCUGGCCCCGCUCUCGACCGCACUCAACUCCUUCCUUCGCCUGCUGCAGGGCGAUCAGACCCCCCCGGUGCUUCUGGCGCAGCAGGUGGAGCAACUGCUGGCAGAGGGGUGUGGAGUGGUGUGGAGGAGUGGGAGGGAGCAAGGGCAGCGCGGGGAGCAAGUAGGGGAGCAAGGGGAUGUGGGGAGCGCGAGGAGUGCAGGGCGGUUGUGUGCGGUGCCAGUGUGGCCGCGCAUUCUUCUCCCUGUGUUCAUGCGUCGCCUCGAUGCUCUCUUCUCAGACCCUCCCCUCACCGCCUUUGUCUUCGCACCCUUUGCUCCCAAUGCUCCUGCUGCUCACACUGCUGCUCAUGCUGCUGCUGCCCCCUCCCUUGCUCCCUCGCGGCAAUCGACUGCUGUGGGGGCUGCAGCUAUGGGAGUGGAAGGGGGUAUGGAGGUUGGAGCCAGUGCGGUGGAAAGUGGUGGAGCACUGGGGUUGGGCGGCAUGCUGCCUGUGAGUGCGGUGACGAGGCAGGAAGGCAUCGUGGGGAUGGGUAUGGCAAGGGAGCUUAUCAGAACCAGUGGCUUUGCAUGGGUGUGUGCUGCUACAGCGAGCGCAGCAAGCGAGGGUGUGACGGACGAAAAUACGGAGGAAGACGGGGGGAACGAGGUUGUGUCUUUGGCGAAACUCCCCCCUUUGCUUGCAGCACCAGCAGCAGCCCCAGCAACAGCAGCAGCUGCUGCUGCUGCUUCCGUUCCAUACCCGCUUGAGCAAUACCAGUCGCAUCCCGACAGCAGGGCAUGGCAUGCAAGCAGUGUGCCCAUCCCUGGUCUCCCCACGUCCCUCAAUCUCCUCCGCUCCUCCGCCCCUUCCUAUGCUGCUGCGGCUGCUUUGGCCCCUUGCACCUCUCUCCUAUCAUCCCGACCCAACCCCUCGCCUUCACCCUCCCCUCCUCCUCCACUGCUGCAGCUCCCCCAUCCAUCCGCCCACACUGCCCCCAUCAACCAACGGCUCCCACACUCCCACCUGCUUCCAGCCUCACACCACGUGCCCAUUUCUCCCUCCCGCACCAAUCACGAGCUCUCUGCACCCAUCCUGCCUGUGUCAUCCCACAGCCAUUCACAACACAGCCUUGCCCGACAUCCACCGCUUCCUCUUUAUAAGCCCGGCUCGGGUCCUGUUUAUAAGCCUGUCCCUCAGCACGAGUGGGUGCGUGGGCUGCAAGUGAAGCGCAAGGCGGGGGGAAGUGCAUGGGGUGAUGGGUAUGGCAGUGGUGGGCGUGUGGGCCAUGGGAGUGGUGGUGGUGGGAGAGAGGGUGAUGAAAGAGGAGAGGGUGAGGAGAGGGGAGGCCUGGAAAGAAAAGGAAUUGAGAGAGGAUGGGUGGAGAGAGAAGGGAAGGAGAAAGCGGAGCAUUGGUUUGGCCCUGGAGGCAGGAGGCUGCAGUUGAGGCUGGCAGAGUCUGAUGGUCUGGUAGCCAAUGAGACGCUGCCACGUGGUAUUGUGCGAGCCGCUGAUGUGGUUGCUGCAAGUAAUUUUGGUGAGGGGUUUCCACCGGCUGAAGAGCUGACCAGAUUGGGCGGCCGAGCUGGUUCUGCUGGUGAUGCUGCUGAUAGGCAUGCAAGUGGCAUUGGUGUGGGUCUCUGUGAUGGUGAUACUGUAGGUGGGGGUGGUGAUGGUGGUGCUGGUAAGGCGGAAGGGUUGCUGAGGGCAGGUGCAAAUGAGCGAAGAGUGAGAGCGAUGGUGGAGGAACUGAUGAAAAGGAGACAGGUGACUGCAUGA